UCCUGACUGGUAAACGGCUGUGAGCGGGGAGGGGCUUGUGUCCGGACUACAGCUCCCGGCAGGCACCGCGUCCCCGGCAGAGCAGCGAGCGGCUCCAUUGAGCUGGGAGGAAGUCGGGGUGUCAGCUCAUGGCAAUAAGAAUGGCGCCAAAAGUAACAACCGAACUCUUGCGCCAGCUGCGCCAGACGAUGAAGAUCUCCCGGAGCGUCUCCGAGCCCAUCCAGGCCUACAUCGUGCCCUCCGGGGACGCCCAUCAGAGCGAGUACAUCGCCCCCUGUGACUGCAGACGGGAAUUUAUCUCCGGGUUCGAUGGGUCGGCAGGCACAGCUAUAGUUACAGAACAGAAUGCGGCCAUGUGGACAGACGGGCGUUACUUCCUGCAAGCGGCUCAGCAGAUGGACAGCAACUGGACCCUGAUGAAGAUGGGCCUGAAGGACACCCCGACACAGGAGGACUGGCUGAUCAGCUUGCUCCCCGAGGGUUCCCGGGUUGGGGUCGAUCCAUUUAUCAUCCAAACAGAUCAGUGGAAGAGCAUGUCCCUGGCCCUGAAGAAUGCCGGUCACCUCCUGGUUCCUGUCCAAGAAAACCUUAUAGAUGCCAUAUGGACAGACCGCCCUGAAAGACCCUGCCAGCCGCUCAUAACGCUGGGGCUCAACUACACAGGAAUGUCCUGGCAGGAUAAGGUUUUGGCGCUCCGGAGUAAGAUGGCGGAGAGGAAGGCCUCGUAUAUCGUCCUGACUGCGUUGGACGAGGUUGCAUGGCUCUUCAAUCUCCGAGGUUCAGAUGUGGAAUAUAAUCCGGUCUUCUUCACUUACGCCAUAGUAGGGAUGGAGACAAUCAGGUUAUUCAUUAAUGGUGAGCGCCAAUCGGAUCCGUCCGUCAGACAUCACCUCCUCCUGGACGCCUCUCCCGCCGCUGAGUUCAGAAUUCAGCUGGAGCCUUAUGAAUCUGUACUGAGCGCACUGCAGAAUAUAUGUGCUGCGCUGCCCCCGAAGGAGAAAGUGUGGAUCAGCGACAAGGCCAGCUAUGCGCUGUCAGAGACCAUUCCCAAGACUCAGCGAUACCUGUCUCCGUACACACCUGUAUGUCUCUCCAAAGCUGUGAAGAACGCCACGGAGGUAGAGGGCAUGCGGAGGGCACAUGUGAAGGACGCCGUUGCUCUUUGUGAGUUUUUCAACUGGUUGGAAAAAGAGAUACAUAAGGACACAGUCACGGAAAUCACGGCUUCGGAUAAAGCAGAGGAGUUCCGCAGCCAGCAAGAAGAUUUUGUUUCCUUGAGUUUUGCCACGAUAUCGAGCUCCGGACCCAACGCCGCCAUCAUUCACUACAAGCCGGUGCCUGAAACGAAUAGAAAGUUGAGCGUCAAUGAGAUUUUCCUCUUGGAUUCUGGAGCUCAGUACAAGGAUGGAACGACUGACGUCACCAGGACCGCACACUUUGGAACGCCGACAGAAUACGAGAAGGAGUGCUUUACAUAUGUAUUAAAAGGACAUAUAGCCGUCAGCUCGGCCAUCUUUCCCAACGGGAUUAAAGGUCAUCUCUUGGACUCAUUCGCCCGCGCUGCAUUGUGGGAAUCGGGCCUGGACUAUCUGCACGGAACCGGACACGGGGUGGGCUCCUUCCUGAACGUCCACGAGGGUCCCUGCGGCAUCAGCUACAAAACAUUUGCCGACGAGCCUUUGGAAGCCGGGAUGAUCCUGUCUGAUGAGCCGGGCUACUAUGAAGACGGAUCAUUUGGCAUCAGAAUCGAGAAUUUGGUUAUUGUGGUUCCUGCCACCACCAAGUACAACUUCCGAGAACGAGGAAGCCUGACCUUUGAGCCAAUCACACUGGUGCCUAUCCAGACCAAGAUGAUCAACGUCAACUUACUGACUCAAAAAGAGGUCGACUGGGUGAACGACUAUCACAGAAAUUGCAGAGAUGUUGUUGGAGCCGAACUGGAGAAACAAGGACGCCAUGACGCCCUCCAGUGGCUGAUAAAAGAAACGCAGCCUAUUUGCAAAUCUCAUUAAUAAUUUUUAUACAUGCUCUUAUGUUUUUUAACCCAUUUGUUGACAGUUUGGGGGUUUGAUCUGAGCCAGGUAAUGGACGCAUCUUUAUUGCAGUUUCAUAGAUAACAUUGAAUUGUCUUUCCAAGCUCAGGGGAGCAGAUGGAGCAUUCACUUUUUAAGGUUUGCGCUGCAAAGAACUAGCGAUUAUACAAUGUAAUAUUAUAGCAUAGAUGAUUAAAGAAAACUUAAUUAAUUACAUGUUUUCAUUUAUCUCUUCAUGGCCUACUGAUCCUGAGUAAUACCCUGUAUUAUACUCCAGAGCUGUACUCACUAUUCUGCUGGUGACGUCACUGUGUACAUACAUUACAU